AUGGAAGAACAGCAAACGCAGGUUGUUCCGUCAGUGGUACCCACCGUUGUUAGUGGAUUAUUUGAUAAUUCGGAGUCAGAUGAAAAUACUGAUUAUUCAACGUCAGAUAAUGUUGGACAUAGCAGCACAAUAAACGCAAUUGACAUCAGAUCUGACGAAAGUUCUGUGAAAAGUGACGGAAAAUACUUCAAUUAUAAUGGUGCAUGUGGAUAUACAAAUACAAGUUAUACUUCUGACGUCAUUUUGUCAGAUUCGAACAGUGAGGACGUUGAUGACGUCUCGCGACGCCAGCUUCAAGAAAACGAAUUGACGAGGUUUAUAAAAGAGGAACUGAAAUAUUCCAUUCAGACAAAACGGCUAAAGGAAGGAAAGCAGGAAUUGAAAGUGGAAUUUAGCCCUCCACCGGAAGAUGUGCUUACACCGGAAGAGGAAGAGCGUGUGGUAAAACGGCGCGUGCAGAAUAGAAUGGCCGCACGCCGCUUCAGGGACAAACAGAAAGACAGAGCCCACACUUUGCAGAAGGAGUGUCAUCGGCAAGAAAGCAUUCAGACGAUGUUGAGGUACGAACUGGCGCAGGUUCGAAAGGAAAGAGACGAAUUCCGCCAGGCGCUUGAUCAACACAUGGCCGUCUGCCCGCUACAGUUUCCCGCGCGUUUCUAUGCUUCAUCUUCGAACUCUUGA